AUGGCCGCAGCAAGGUUACUGCUCCGCACCGCCGCCCCCGCCGCUCUCACCCGCCGCGCGGCCCCGGUUCCCGCCCUGACCCGCAGCAUGGCGGCUGGAGGGAUUCCCACUGACGAGGAGCAGGCCACGGGACUGGAGAAGGUCAUCAUGAAGGCCAUGAAGGACGGAUCGGAUCCGUACAACAUGAUGAGACCGAAGGAGUACGCCGGCUCCAAGGCAGACCCCCACCUCGUCCCCUCCAUCACCAACAAGAGGAUUGUGGGAUGCGUCUGUGAGGAGGACAACACAGCGGUGGUCUGGUUCUGGCUCCAUGAGGGCGAGGCCCAGCGCUGCCCCUCCUGUGGCUCCCACUACAAACUGGUCGCCCACGAGCUCCCCCAUUAACUCCUCGCUGCCUCCAAGCGGCUCUUAGACCUCCUCAGACCUCCUCAGACUUCCUUAGACCUCCUUAGACCUCCUCAGACUUCCUUAGACCUCCUCAGACCUCCUUGCCCCCUCAGACCUCCUUAGACUUCCGCAGACUUCCUCAGACUUCCUCAGACCUCCUCGCCCCCUCAGAGCGGCCCUCAGACCUCCUCGCUCCCUCCCUCCUCCUCCUGCAGCGGUAAGCGGCAGCGUCUGAUUGGCCGGGUCUGUCUCAGUACUUGACGACCUGCUGACCUCAUCAGUCUUUGUUUUCCGUGUUUCGGGUGAAGUGGGAUCACGUGUGUUUCGGGACACAACAGUUCAACAUUUCCAGCACGAUGUUACAUUCGGCUCCUUUACUCAAUAAAGACCUCUACCUGUA